AUGAGCAUUAUCCUAAUUAUAUAUAAAUUAGAAUGAUGAAUAAGAGAGCACGUGAGCUCGUGCCAUUGCAUGGACUGCCACGUUCAACGUCCAAACGGUGGUUAAUGGCGGUGCUUGUUUUUCUCUUGAAAAAUUCCUAUAAUAAUACAAACUCCAAACUCCCUCUCCCAAAAUCUCUCCCUACAUUUCUCAAAGAGAAAGGCGAAAAAACAAAAAGAACAAACACCUCACCACCAAACAAACACAAUAUGCAACUCUCAACAUCUCUCAUAAUUCCACCACCCCUCCUCCGCCCCUCCACCGCCUUCUUCCCUAAGCUCAGGUCAACUCCAUCCCUUUCCUCACCAUGGCUCGGCCAUCGAGCUGCGGAGGCGGUGGCAGAGCCAAGAUGUGUUAGUCAGGGUGGAUGGGGAACCUCUGUGGCGGAGGUGGACAUAGAAGAGUGGCUGAAGCUAGGCAGGUUGGAGGAGAAGUGCGGCAGCGGAGGAAAGGGAAUAGUGGAGCUACUUGAAUGUAUGGAAAAAGAAGCCAUUAUGGGAGAAGAUGAAGGGAGAGAGCCAACAGAUUAUAAUAGAAGAGCUAAGAUUUUCAGCUCCAGUUCUGAAGUUUUCCAAGCUCUCAAGCAACAUUCUGAUGCUGUUGCUCCUCCUCCUCCUCCUCCUCCGCCUCACCAUUCUUGAAUCCCGAUGAUGAAUUUGAAGAAAUAGAAAGAAGGAUAAACAUGUUCAUAUCAUAUCAAAUCUUUAUUCAGUGUUACCAAGUUAUUUGGUAUUAAAGUUCUUCGGACAGUGGAUAUACUUUUACAAUAGCUAUCUUAUUCAUUAGUUUGCACCUCGUUUUCUUCUUUCUCCUCUACCUUCCAAACCUUCUUCUUCAACCAGUCAAAUGGCUGCCAUGUUUUUUCAGUUUCAAGACGAUAAGAAUAGUUACGAUUUUUCACAACAAACAGAAACAUGCUGGUAGAUGAAAAGAAAAGAGUCGGUGAAGCUAAAGACGAAUACCUGUACAAGCCAAAAGCAGUGGCUGUCCCAGCAACACUCCAUAACGCCGCAGCUUCAAUGUUGAUGGGAUGUAGGAGAUUCCUGAGCUUUGGAUGGAGGAACUUCAACAAACCCUUUUCACCUGUCUUCAUUUGUUUUAUGUUUCUUUUAUCUCUUUAGCCCCAAAGGAGCCGUACUUGUAUCGAAUCUAGUUUAAUAAAUCCUUGGUUUGUUCUCAUCA